AUGCUUGUCCGUCCCUGGGAUCGGUUUCUUCUUGAGCCACCAGACUUUGCGGAGAAUGAAGAAGAUUAUUGGACGCCGCCUUCUUCUCCGUUGGACGACUCGCUUAGCCGUUCUGUUGUAAAACAGGAGGUGGAUGAUCCAGAAUCGCGAGCAUUAUGGUUACUUGUUCUUCUUGGGCAGCCUUUUGGCGCAUUUUUACUAGUGCGGCAGCACGGCGGAGAAUACAAGAGGGUCGCAUCAGAUCGUGAUAUUAUUGCGCAAGUCAAAGAUGGGGCUUCCGUUCGGGACUUGAUGGACGUCAAGACGAUAGAAAUACUGUAG